AUGACCAUGACCACCAUGCCAGAAAGUCUCAACAGCCCCGUGUCGGGCAAGGCGGUGUUUAUGGAGUUUGGGCCACCCAACCAGCAAAUGUCUCCUUCUCCCAUGUCGCACGGGCACUACUCCAUGCACUGUUUACACUCGGCGGGCCAUUCGCAGCCCGACGGCGCCUACAGCUCGGCCUCGUCCUUCACCCGACCGCUGGGCUACCCCUACGUCAACUCGGUCAGCAGCCAUGCGUCCAGCCCCUACAUCAGUUCGGUGCAGUCCUACCCGGGCAGCGCCAGCCUCGCCCAGAGCCGCCUGGAGGACCCAGGGGCGGACUCGGAGAAGAGCACGGUGGUGGAAGGCGGUGAAGUGCGUUUCAAUGGCAAAGGGAAAAAGAUCCGCAAACCCAGGACGAUUUAUUCCAGUUUGCAGUUGCAGGCUUUGAACCGGAGGUUCCAGCAAACUCAAUACCUAGCACUGCCCGAGAGGGCGGAGCUCGCGGCCUCCUUGGGACUCACGCAGACGCAGGUCAAGAUUUGGUUCCAGAACAAGCGCUCCAAAUUCAAGAAACUGAUGAAGCAGGGAGGGGCGGCUCUGGAGGGCAGCGCGCUGGCCAACGGCCGGGCCCUGUCUGCUGGCUCCCCGCCUGUGCCGCCCGGCUGGAACCCUAACUCCUCAUCCGGGAAGGGUUCAGGCGGAAGCGCAGGCUCCUACAUCCCCAGCUACACGUCGUGGUACCCUUCAGCACACCAAGAAGCUAUGCAGCAACCCCAACUUAUGUGA